CAGUAGUAGGUCCUGUACGGCGCGCUUCACACUGAUUGGCAGCGCGCGAGGUGACAGCCGCGGCACGACCGUAUUCAGGCCAAUAGAAAAACGAAACUCUGAAGCCUUGUUUCUCCAGCCGCUUUGCUCGAGCCCAGCGUGCUGAUGGAGGCCGGAUAUCAGCAACACAGCCAGAGCUGCUGAAGGCAAACGCACGCGCUUUUUGCAACGAUUUAUUCAACUCUUAUCUCUCUUUAUCUCUUGUUCUGUCUCUCUCUAUCUCUCUAUCCUUUUCCAAUGGUGUUCCGUUCCCCUUUGGAGCUUUACUCUACUCCCCUGCUCGUCCCGGGCUUUGCCGACGGCCCCGCGUUGCUGGCGGCCCGUGCGCGCUCCCCGGACGCGCGCGCUGCCGCCCUGCCGCCGCCGCCGGCGCUGCCUACGCUGAGCUUCACGGCCGAGCAGGUGGCGGGUGUGUGCGAGACCCUGGAGGAGACGGGCGACGUGGAGCGCCUGGGACGCUUCCUCUGGUCGCUGCCCGUGGCGCCACCGGGCGCUUGCGAGGCGCUGGACAAGCACGAGGCCAUCCAGCGUGCGCGCGCCGUGGUCGCCUACCACACGGGCAGUUUCCGCGAGCUCUACCGCAUCCUGGAGAGCCACCGCUUCACCAAGGAGUCGCACGGCAAACUACAGGCCAUGUGGCUCGAGGCGCACUACCAGGAGGCCGAGAAGCUGCGCGGGAGGCCGCUCGGACCCGUCGACAAGUACCGCGUGCGCAAGAAGUUCCCGCUGCCGCGCACCAUCUGGGACGGCGAGCAGAAAACCCACUGCUUUAAGGAGCGCACGCGCGGCCUGCUGCGGGAGUGGUACCUGCAGGACCCGUACCCCAACCCCAGCAAGAAGAGGGAGCUCGCACAGGCCACGGGGCUCACUCCCACGCAGGUGGGCAACUGGUUCAAGAACAGGAGGCAGAGGGACCGCGCGGCCGCAGCCAAAAACAGGCUGCAGCACCACGGCCUGUCGCAGGGUGGUCUUCGGGGUCUCUCCGAGUCUAACCCGGGUCCGCCCGAGGCUGCGAGCCCAAGCGCGAGCGUGUCGAGCAGCGCGGAGCGCGCAGACGGCGCCACCGUGCUCUCCGUUACGGACAGUGACUCGGACUUCGAUGUAUGAUGCAGAGCGCGCUCGUGGGGAAAUAAUGACAAUGGACCUGUAAAACAGACAAACAAACAAAAACAGAAAAAGGGCCACGUGAGUGCAGCAGCUGCGCGCGUGUGCGCUCUUGCUGCUGUCUCUCGCUCAGAUGGAGGAAAAAGGCGCGCGCACUGGCUUUUCUGCCUUGCUUUUUUUCGCAGCGACAUGCGUUUGGCUGCGAGGACGAGCGCGAGCUCUUUCUUUUCCUCUCUGUCUCUCUUUGAUCUUGGGUCAGUUUUUGUUUUUCUGCAUGUUCGUUUGUGAAUAAUUUUGGGACGAUGUUUUUUGAAGAGGCACUAAAAGUGGAGUGGCGGAGCCUCGGGCUCUCCUCCGCUCCCUCCAUCCCCCUGAUUUAAAGCCGCAAAGCGGACACUUCUCCUCAUUCCCUUCAUCCCUUCAUCCCUCCAUCCCUCCAUCCCUCCUCUCUGUUCUGCAGACAAUCGUGGAAGUCAAAAAGCACCUUUACUCCUCUUCUUUGACUCGACGGCAGAUCAAAGUUCAAAGUUGGACUCUAUCUCCAGAUUUUCCAGAUUUUCUAUUGAAUGCUCAGUGUCUGAUGCGUUUUUACCCUCCCCUCCCCUACCCUAUCUUACCUUUCUCUCUCACUCUCUCUCUCUCUCUCUCUCUCUCUCUCUCUGUCAUCCCUUAAACCCCCUUCUUCCCUCCCUCCCUUUGUGUCCAUAAGAUGUCUAAAUGUGUGUAAAGUGCUUUGAGAUUUUUAAUGUUUGUUCAUUGGUUGUUUUUAUACUGUAAAUGGCGCUGACAGCGCGGUGUGAUGGGUCACUUUUAUGCAAAUAAAUAUAAUUUAAUAUGAUAA